AUGUCUGUAAUCAAGACCGUUGGCAUUGUCGGAACUNNGGGAGUCAUUGGAGCUUCCUGGACUGGUCUUUUUCUAGCAAGAGGUCUUCGCGUUGUUGUCUCUGACCCUGCUUCAGACUCCAAGCAGAAGCUCGACAAGUACCUGAAGAAGAUUUGGCCUGAUCUCAANAAAAUUGGUCUUGCGCAAGGUGCUUCGCUGGACAAUUGUCAAUUUGUUGGUGCUAGUCUAGAGGAUCAUUACUCAAAGGUCGAUUUUAUCCAAGAGAAACUGGAAAUCAAAACUAAGCUGUUGGCCGAGAUUGACGCUGCUACUCGUCCUGACAUCGUGAUCGCUUCUUCAUCUUCUGGACUACCGAGCUCGAAGUUUAUUGGAAAGUGCACGAACAAUCCAGGCAGAAUCCUGAUUGGACACCCUUUCAAUCCGCCACACUUGAUGCCUCUGGUUGAAGUAGUCCCGCAUCCCAAAACCGACAAAGCAAGUGUGGAUACUGCUGUCGAGUUUUACAAGUCUCUAAAUAAGAGACCUGUUGUAAUCAAGAAGGAAAUCCCGGGAUUCGCUAGCAAUCGUCUUCAAGCGGCUAUCUGCAGUGAAGCAUAUUCUUUGGUCAGUCGAGGUAUUCUCUCUGCUGAGGAUCUAGAUGCUUGCGUGACCAACAGCUUAGGUCCCCGAUAUGCACUGACAGGUCCUCUGAUGUCAAACGCUAUGGGUGGUGGCGGUGGCACUGAUGGUUUCAGACAUCUGCUUGAACAUUUGGGUCCUGCUACUAAGACCUGGCUUGACGAUAUGCGAGAACAUGCCUUCCAGUUUAACAAUGAGAGUCUGGAUUCGCUGAGUGCUAGUGUUGGUCAAGAGCUAGAAGGCAAGGAUGUCCAGGCUCUCGAGGCGGAACGUGACAGAUUUCUGGUCGAGAUCCUGCGACUCAAGGGUGAAAGUAAAUGA